AUGUCAGAAAUCCGUAGCUAUUACAAUGUCAUUUCUGACUUAUCCUGCUUUGAAUCGUCCGAUAAAGUGUCCUUCACCGAAGAACAGCUUUUAGAAUUGACACAACAGGAGUAUGAUAACAGAGAAACCAGGGAUGAUUUGUCUAAGUCAGGACUUCAUUUUGAUCCAAUAAAAAGAAUACCGAUGCAUUCCUAUCUCGGCCCAUUGACGGCUCGCGAUGCAGAAGAAGCUGCGAAACAUUUGGGGUUUUACAACUUGAAGCAUACGCUUUUGGGCGGGUACGUGCCACGCAACCAAUUAGAAUCUCUAUCGAGCACAGAUUUUGCACAUUAUCUUCACAAGAUAUUAGAAUGCGAGGGCCCGUUAGAUUCGUAUAGCAAGUAUGUGAAUGUUGGAAGAAUCCCUAUUGGAUCUAUAGACCCAGUAAACGAGUUACCGGUUCCGCUUUCGGCGAAGACACCCGUUCAGGUUCAAGCAGGAACGCCUGGAUCGUCGUCUUCUACUAAGGUUCAGACGCCUAGUAGUAGUGCGACUCCGUCGGCUGGAACCCCUCCUAUCGUUAAUACUACUAUAAAAAAAGCUGGCGAAUCACAUAUAAAAAAGGUGGUGCUUUGCAAACUCUGCAAGAAAAGGUUCAGCGGGCCUAGAAGAUUUACCGAGUUUUCCAAUCAUAUGUGUAUGAAAGGCUAG